GAAGAUAAGAUAAAAUAAAACGUACUAAGUGUUGAUGAAUAGAGAUUAUUGUGGCCGAAAGGAAAAUUUUAAAUUUAGAUAUAUGGUUUCAAAACAUAUUUGCGCGGUUGCGGUGUUGUGAUAUAUAAAGUACGCUAAGUUGGCAGCCGCGUAAAUAAGAGACUCCCACGCGCUGCAAUGAGUGGUAGCCUAAGCGCCACGAAAAAAAAAAAAAUGAAAUAGCUUUCCUAAGUAUACCGAAAUGUUCCUCUGCCAGUUUCUCGAGGAGCUAUAGAGAGCUUUCGAAACACAGCAUAAGACGACGACGCUCAGCCAUAGCCAGUCGGUACGGGUGAACAAGCGUUCUCGCUCGAGUCAGUGUCUGCCGGAGAAAACCACUCCCACAGCACGCGCACUCUUCUGCCGUCCGCUUCAGAAGUAGCAGACGACGAGGGCGAUGAAACGACGCCGAUGAAAAGAACUCCGAGAGCGCGGCGCAAGGAAGAACACAGCGCAGGAUGAAUGCACAGAAAAAAAAAAAAGGAAAGUGAGGAAGCGGAGGAGGUGCCGCACGAGAGAUGCGAGAAGAGAAAGAGGAAGGGCGCGAUAGAAAGAAAAUGAAAGAGGGACGCGUUAGAGAGGAGGAGGGUUGCGCCGGGAGCCGCGGUGCGCGCGGACCCUCGCCCAUCGCUUGCGGGAGUGCGCUCCUGAAAAUAGUUCUCCCAUGCUCGGCUUUGAAAGUCUGCGAACGAGCGCAGUCUUAGCUCGAUGACGACGUUUUUACGCUAUUCCCCAUCCUUAACAGUGCCGACAAAAUAUUAUGACACAACUUAUUCUACCUGAGAACGCGUUUACUGACGCGGUCGCGGAGCGCUACCUCUGUGCCAGUGAGUGGAGCGGCUCCCCUUUUAUCCGGCGCCCGGCUCCCGGGUUCCGUCAUUUAGUUGGUACGGUCGACGGAACGUCGGUUGUGUUGUGUUCUGCAGUAGACACGUCGGGGUACACCGGUUUCGUUUUUUCUUCUGUUUUUUAGCUCCGUUUUUUCUCAGUCUAUCUGUCUCUCUCUCUCUCUCGAUCUGUGUCUCUCUUCUAUAUCGGCUUUUGCGUUCAUCCCGCGUGUCUGAGUUGCCUGCCUUUUCGGCGCCAAGUUUUCCACCAACAUCAGCUCCGGGAGAAGAAGAAGAAGUAUCAACUGAAAAAAAAAAGGAAGAAGAGCGCCCCUCCAACUUGCCUGAUUAGUUUUCUUCGUCACAAACAGAAAAAAAAAGAACAGCAAGAGAGAGCAGGAGAGAGAAAACUUCACCCGACCUACAAGUUCCCCAUCCAAAGUCCUAACCUCCUUGUGUGCUAUUACGGUGUGCUUUUUCAGCGUCGUCUGCUAUACAGCGCCAAGAGAAUCGUCUGCUUCGUCGUCGCCGUCUUCCACGCAGGACGUGUUUGUCGUCUGCUUGCUACUGCGUGGUGAUUGGACGCGUGGCCGUCGUCGCGUCGUCUGCUUUGUUACGAGUGUGCAGAAGGCCUCCCCCACGAGUACGUCGCUAGCGCGAAAGAGUUUGAAGAGAGCGAAGUACGCAGCGCAGAGGUCCAGCCUCCGUCAAAUCGCUUUUGUUGCACAAGAGAACGCACAAGUUCCACGCCGCGUGGUCGCUGCCCCACCCGCACAGACAACCGGAGGUGACAGAAAAGAAAAAUAACAAAGCCCUUGUUUGCUCGCUCAGCAGACGACAAAGGUCUACUCUCGCGAACCACCGGCCUCGACAGGGAUUCUCCGUGAGACCAGCUUCGUGUUCACGUGGCCGAACCUUCGUUCCUUUUCCUCCAACUGGUGAUCGCCGACUCAGAAGAUAAUCCGCGCUCAACAACUGUCCUCCCCUCGGUAUUGGCUACUCCAAACACCUCAUCACCACGACGAGUUUCGCUUGGGUUAACUCUUCGGAGAGCGGUCUUUUGAACCAAGCUUCCCAAAUGAAUGGCAUGGACACCGGUCCGUCGGUGCAGUCUUCGCAGCAGAAUGGGACGCUGCACGGCUCGUCGGCGCAGCAGCAACAGCAGGGCUCGGCCGAGGACUCCAAGACCAACUUGAUCGUCAACUACCUGCCGCAGACCAUGACGCAGGAGGAGAUCCGAUCGCUCUUCUCCUCCAUCGGAGAGGUCGAGUCCUGCAAGCUCAUCCGGGACAAAGUCACCGAAGAAGGCACCUCACCACCGAUCCGUCAAAGCCUCGGCUAUGGCUUCGUGAACUACGUCCGUCCGGAGGACGCCGAGAAAGCAAUCAACACGCUGAACGGACUGCGAUUACAGAACAAGACCAUAAAGGUGUCGUAUGCCCGCCCUAGUAGUGAGGCUAUUAAGGGUGCCAACCUGUACGUCAGCGGACUGCCCAAGUCCAUGACUCAGCAGGAUUUGGAAGGGCUCUUCUCUCCCUAUGGCCGCAUCAUCACUUCGCGCAUCCUCUGCGACAACAUCACCGGUCUGUCCAAGGGCGUCGGCUUCGUGCGCUUCGACCAGCGCGUGGAGGCCGAGCGCGCCAUCAAGCACCUGCACAACAGCGUGCCGGCCGACGGGGGCGCCACGGAGCCCAUCACCGUCAAGUUCGCCAACAACCCGAGCAACAACGCCAAGGCGAUCGCGCCGCUGGCCGCCUACCUGUCGCCGCAGCGACGCUUCCCGGGGCCCAUACACCACCCGGCUAACCGCUUCAGCCGGUACUCUCCGCUGGCGGGUGACCUGCUGGCCAACCCGCUGCUGGCCGGCUCGGCCAUGAACGGCUCCGGCUGGUGCAUCUUCGUGUACAAUCUGGCGCCGGACACGGAGGAGAACCUGCUGUGGCAGCUGUUCGGCCCGUUUGGGGCCGUGCAGAGCGUCAAGGUCAUCCGAGACCUCCAGACCAACAAGUGCAAGGGCUUCGGCUUUGUCACCAUGACCAACUACGACGAGGCGCUGGUCGCCAUCCAGAGCCUGAACGGCUACACGCUCGGCAACCGCGUGCUCCAGGUCUCCUUCAAGACCAACAAGUGCAAGUCUUAAACGCUCGUCUACACACACGUGCAGACACACACACUUACACACACACACACACACAUACACUUGCGCGCACACACACACACUUUUCUGUUUCCUCCACCAUCCGGUGCAUGUGUGCGUCUUGCUGAAGACAGAUUGAUAUCUGGGUAGGCAACCGUGAGGUUCUUCUGAAGGACGCAUACGCUGUUAUGAUUAGGGUCUAAAGAUGGAAUAAGUGUUAAGUAAUCGCAUGUGCACUGAAGCCCAAGCACGAGUGAUCGUGCGAAAGCGUGUCAAUUUCUUUUUGCGCUGCUGUCGUCAUUUGGCAUUGGCUGAGCGAGGACAAAGUAAUGGACGCAAGUUUCCCGACUUCCAUACUGGAAAAAAAAAGAUUAGUCAUUUUGCUGCGCCAUGCUUCUCAACAAUUCACUUCGUGAUUGAUUUUUUGAAUUAAGGAGCAACAUUUUAUGCCGGAAAAGGAAAUUCACCAAUGAAGCUUUUAUCGGUAAGCAGACUGAGCGCUCCAUUUGGGUUUGUCCUCGGAAAGACCGUACGAGGGUUCGAAUCGCUCGCGAAAUCAUUGGCUUUCACAAACACCCUUCAGCCCUGACGGCCUUACGGGCCACAAUGUUGUACCGGAUGGUCACGCAGACACAAGAUUUACCCACUCCCCCUUUUAUUACCUAUCUCCCCUCCCCCAACCUUAGUCUAAACAAAACAGCGGAAUACGGACGAGUACGAUGUUCUUUAGGAACCCGGAAAGCAUCCAUUCAGUGAAUCUGGUACAGAAUACACAGGUGGAAACUACAUACCUUGGACACACACACACACACGACACAUUUCGCUCACCCAGACAGCGGCACAGACCGACACUGAGACCGGAGAACCCUUCUCGUCAGCCCUUCACCGAAUGACUCUUUAAAAAGCGCUGAUGACGUUUGACGCUGGGAGACGGGAAGCAAGAAACGGGAAACUGGAGCUGAAAUACCAGAACGCUAGGGCCCUACGAACGCGAUACGCCGAUUGUUUGUCGAAGAGAAGGGAAAAGAAUUCCCCCGUGCUUCUGCUGACUCUCUCAACUUCCAGAUGGAUAGAGACCGCGUGUUUAGUAAGUUCGCGCGCAAAUCGCUUCGAAGAGAUGGCAUCGUGCUAUGUUGACGCCUUUAAUUGAGUUCAUUUCUCGGACUCUUGAUAAUCCGGUCGUAGAAUUAGGACCAACUUCGUGAUCUUACAUUGCUUGUCGAUAGGUCAGGUCGCUGCUACAUGAGAGAAGCUGCGUGAAAUUACGUCAUUGCACACGCGCACGAUCGCCAUUGACUCCUGAUUUUGCGAAGGUUUUCUAAAGUGCAUCGCUGAGCAGGAAUUUUGGGAAUGUCGGAAUGGGGAUGCACUUUGGAUUUCCACGUCAGAAUGAAAAAAAAAAAGGAAAAAAGUGCAGGAAAGGCAAUCUGCUGUAAGUGCUUCGUUGGAUGUCAAUCGCCAUUGUGUUUGCGUACUUGAAAGGGACGCUGCACAUCAUGUUAACCUGAACCUUUUAAGGAAAGCUUUAAGGUGUUUUGCAUAACUUCAAGUUUCCAGGCUGAUUUAUCAUUUAGCGUUUCCCUCCGGUCACUGGUUAUUGAAGGUGGUUCUUAGGUUGGGGAGAAAGGAAAGGCGUGCUUAACGCGAAAACGUAGGUGCCCGUGUUCGUGCGUGACACACAAACACACCCCCAAACAGAAACGACGUGCGGAGUCGCUAGCCUAUGAUGCUACACUACUGCGCCGUUGUAUCGACGGCAGCCCAAGUCGUAAUAACAGAGUUGCAAAACGAGAAAAAAAAUGACACGAGAAAUGCAUCCGUGACACCUUCAUUUUUCGCCUGCGCAAGCUCUUAGGCUGUUCGAGCGAUUUUUUACUCGUUGCCUUGGCAUAUGUGAAACUUCUUAUUUUACGAGUGUCAUAAGGCUUUGUAGAGAAAGAAAGUGAGGGAUGGACAUCUCUCGUUUCUCGGAGAUGGCUUGGUUUUUCUGGGGGGAUAUUGUGCAGAAGUAUAGGAAACCUACAUUCGACAACUUAGUUGUGGACAAUGUUGGUAACGAGGCACAGACGGACGAUGCGAGAAAUAAUUAGCUUGCUUGCGGUUAAGCGCACAGUAAUUAACAUACAAACGAUAGUGCCGGUAGGUACUGAAAAAAGUGGAACUUCUAAUUUAUUAUUUGCUGCAAACGCAUGUAGUCCCAGCUUUCCUGAAUUUGAAGAAAAAAAGAAAGAACGACACAAAGCUGAACAGAACAGUUCUCUCUGCUGAGCAGUUAGCAGCUUCGCCUAAGUUGGUUAAAUUGCGACUACUUGCACCGGAAAAGAAGAGACUAGUCAGUCAUUGUGUAGUGUACUUAAUGUGUCUAUUUAUCUAUUUAUUGAACUAUUUAUGAAAAACAAAACAUUUAUUUAUUAAAGCAUUUCGUCCUCUCCGUUGGGACGUUGAGAACCAGUCGUCUGGCGCGCAUGGAGCAAUGUCGUCGGCUUGCGGGGUCCUCUGCAAAGCAAGUGAAAACGCCGUCUGCUACAGAGCUUUGCUCGUCCACUAGUCCUCCUGCGGCCAAAGUACUUAAUAGGUCAGUCGCAUGACCUGUCGGCGUGUGGACUGAAAUGCGGAGCCUUUUUUUUUUUUUAUUAGGGAAACGUGAACAACGUGUGGAAAACGUUCAAGUUUUGAGCAAAUACAUUUUUUUAAACGCGUAAAUUGAAAGUUUGAUACAAAUUGAUAUGGAUAUUUUUAUUCUUAUUGGCUUUCUCUGCAUCGUAACUUGAGCGAUAAUUCAAUGGAUAGGUUCUGCGGUAGUAUUGAAAAAUAUGUACCGAGCGGGGUUGUAAAUUAUGGCUCUGGAAGUUUUUAAGACGCGUUGAUUUAUUUUGGUAGUAAACUAAGUCAUUUAUUCAUUAUAUCCAAUAUUUAUUCUUUGUUCAUAUUGAGCUCUUAGGCGUUCGUACUUAAGCAGUAGGCAUUAAUUUUCUCUGCCAACUCUUCCUGUAACAUAUUCUUGCACGAAACGCUUCAACUCAGUUUGAGGUUAGGACAGUGAAGGGUUGCCUGUGAAAGUGUAAUUAUACGUAGUGUGCAUUUGGCGUUGUACUAUGUUGUACACAUUGUAGAGUGUGCGUGGAACUUGUAAGUGGAAAAAAAGUAUAUGUUGCCCGUGGAUCGUCAUUUCUUUCCAAUUGUAAAUUUCUUUUUUUGCGCACUAACUUAUCGCACACUUUUCUAUCGCACGAAGCUUCGGAGACGAGGCUGCCCGGUUAUCUGUAGGUAUAGUGUGUCACUUGUCCAGUGUUAUCUGCAGCGCACAAGCCAUUUCGUGUACGCUACGUCACUGUCUUCCGUCACGUUGCUAUGCAGAGCAACGCAGAACGUGUUUAUCGCGAGGAGCUACCGGAUACACAGUGAACCAUAAAUUAAGCUAGACGAUUGUUUUGUUUCUAAAGAUAAUGCUUGCUCGCCAUAUCCGUCGGAAGGAAAGUUUGGCGAUAGCGCCCAUAUAAGAGAGAUUUGUAAAAGAAAAGAAAAUCACAACAUGCGUGAUCACCGUAAUCACUACCUCUUGCCGUAACCAAAGGGCUCAUAAGAAUAUGCCUUCAAUUCGCUGUUCAAUAUCGCUGAGGAUGCUCCUUGCGAUGCGCACCACUUUUUGAGAUUUGUGCGAGUCGCUUGCGCCGCUAUCUAUCGGAUGAGGAUAGCUAAAUUACCGCGCGAACUGUAUUGUCAUGAAACUAGGGGUGGUGUGCAUAAUACACAAGGUGUAAUUGGAGAACUAGCCAGCUUAGAUCUAGUAUCGAUUGUUCUAUACACCUGUCGCUCACACACUUAAAAAUUUACGUUUCGUAUAAAAAGACUUGCUACUGGAAGACGAGUCCUGAGAGUUAUUAGUUUAAGUAGUGAAACGAUAUUUGUUAUUUGAUGCAGGGGAAUAUUUUGCAGUAGCUUACAAAAAACUUGGGGCAGUGUAGGAUUAGGCCAUGACUGCGAUGGAGUGCCGGUUUAAACAAACGCUUUGUUAUACCUCGUAAACCAUUUGACCAAACUAGCGCAAGCACUCGCACAAAUUGUGACAUAGUACUUUAUCUUAUCUUCGUUGUCGAAGGGCCGCAGGCAGCUGUCGCCGCCGCCGUAUUGAGUGAAACUCUAGUCCUCUCGCUGACUCACCAAGACAGAAAAAAAAAAGUCAUGCAUCCAUCGAUUUGUCAUGUGAAAAUGGCCCGCAAGAAGCGUACAGUGCUGAUCUCAGGUCUUUGUCACUCGCACGUGUGUUCGAAUCUUUGUACACUUUGGUCAGAACGUUGUACGUCUAAUUGUUCGUGUGCAAAGCACUUCUCCUCUAUCACGUGUGUUUCAUAGCUCCGCUUUGGAAGGGCGAGUCUGUCUCGCAAGGUCAGUUUUUGUAAUUGUCACCCACAAUCGCCAAGCGGGGUUUUUCCUCUUCGAAGCCGGUCGAUGUUCUUAACGCAAAUGAAUACGGUCCCGAACGUUGUCGAUCCAUCUUAUGUAGCUUGGACAUCGCAGUCUGUUGUAAUUAAACACCGCCUAAUGCAUCAGCACAAUGUACGGUAAUACGCACCAACACACCUUGCGAAAUGAUGUUCGAAUGUCACUCCUGUUAAAGAUGUAGAAAAAAUUGUGCUGAAUAUUCAUGUUUCGCAUCUGUAUGAUUGUUCCUGAACAUAUUUUGUGCGACACUUGAUGUUCCAGCGCACGAGAUUGCAAAAAUAUUUGUGUGUCUGGUUAUUUAUUAGAUAUUCAGCACCCUUGACAAUGUGCAUGCCACCCUGUGAUGGUUUUAAUAGCGUUUAUGGAGAAAUGUGUGCGUUACCCCCUGUUCGUCGUUUAGAACUCUCUUGCUGCUUUGAAAGUGCGCAGUUAUGCUUUGUGUCGUGUGUUAUGUGCUGUAAGAGUUGGUCGCGGCUUUGCGACUUAAAUAUUACCCGGUGUGAUAACAUCUUGAGUGAGUGUCGAGAUGCUUUUCAUUUACUCGCUUGCGUCACUGUAUAGGUGUGCACAUAUUCUGUAUCAUUUCGGGGCGUGUUUCUUUAAGGGGUGGGGAAGGAAGGGGAAGAACAAUCUGUCCUCUUGGCUGAGUCCAUCCCAGUCUUGAACCUAUGCAGCGCGAGAGUGAGUGAAAGAAAGAAGUUGAGGGGGCAUUCAUUCACAGACGCGACACCCGAUUGACGUCACCGACUUGCACGGACCAAUGGAAAAACUAGGAAAGUGCUCCAAAAUGAGAGCGCAUGACCAUAACGCAAAAAAAAAGUUGCACGGAAACUAUCAAGCACACGCAUGCAGAGAAAAAACAAACGAAUACUGAUUUAAUGUUUCACAAUUUAAAUGAUACGGAAAAAAAGGGGGGGUUUCCAUGUCAGGGGCUCCUCGGAACAAAAGUGUGUGCGCCUCCUUGGCCGCAUCGCAUUUUCUUUUUGUGCAUAUUUCAGGCAUUUAAGAUGAGUGAAAUUAUCUUCCAAUUAAUCACAUUUUAAAACGCACUUUUACUCAUGAUCUUCAGACGGUCGUGUUUCUAGCAUCCGGAUCGAGCACUACAGAUCAGAACCGAGUCACAGAGAGGAAGGAGGCGAUAAUGCAGUAGCUCGGUUUCACAGAGAAAUCUUGACUGCUUCCUGUGGCUGUGGCUGCGGUGUCCGAGAUCGCAUUUACUCGAAACUACUUUUUUACAUUCUCGGCAGCGCAAUGAAAAUCUGCCAAGUUUUAGAAACUCAACUCGACAUUGAGUUCAACGUUGCCAUUGACACGUUGGUUGAGAAGAAGCAAACGUACUCGUUCACAUGACGAGAAACAAUGUAUACAAUUCACUGUGUACGCGAAGUUUGGUCGUAUUUGUCUUUUUUUCCUUUCAUUUGAUUGUACUGCUUGUUUAGAUUCAAGCUAUAUGUACAUUCAUAUAUUUAAGUUGGCACCAAGCUAGUCGCGUCUCACGUGCAUACAUUUAUUUUUAUUUUGCUUAAUUUCACAUUGCUUUGUGUGUGAAGAAGUUCGUGUGUCUUUUUACGUUACAAGCACAUUGUGAGUUUCAUCUUUUGCUGUUUUCUCUGAAAGUUUGGUCAAGAAACCUUACUUUGUUUCAUCAUUUGCUUGAGUUGCACAUUAUCCCUGCCUGCUUGUUUUGCUGUCAAAGACUGACCUCAUUGCGAACAAGAACGCUUGUUUCGUCAAAUCCUUGGUUUGGGUUUGUUUUGAUUUGUUCAUUUGCUUUUGGCCUUGCGUUUGCCUAUGUUCUGACCCUGAGUUUCCACAUGCACCCGUUUGAAGCAUGAAAACAGUUCUUUAUGAAAAUGUACUACUUUGUCCAAUGCAACAAUACAAUACUGUCUGCCAUUCCGCUUUCAAUGUUCGCAUAUUGUCUGUCAGAAAGAUCAAGAAUAUGUAUUAAAAGUGUGUCCCAUUUUUUAAACUGACUAAUGGUUUUCUUUUGUUUCUUUGAGUUUGUUUGCAUGCGUUUGUUUUACUUUUUGUUUUCUUUCAUAUUUUGUGUUUGUACCUAUUUUCUGUUUACCACAUCACCUCGAGAACUUUGAAGGUGAUACGUCGCCCAGCUUGGUGCUCGAAUGAAGAUAAAUUUGGCGGACUUGUUUAGAGCGGCAUUUGCGUCUCUUCGCGUCUCUUCAAGGGCUAGCUGUGUGAGAAUGCUGAAAAAUGGUGUUUGGGAUCAAGUUUACGCGAAAUAUUCUUCAUAACGCGGUUCUUAGGUGCCCAAGAAAGUUCCUGGGUUUUCAAGUGGAAUAAUCCACAUGUAAAACCCGUUAUGUCCUUAGUUAUACGAACCCUAGAGAAGAUUUGGCACAGAGAAAGUAGUGCCUCUGCUGGCUGUACUCAAGUUUAUCGGCUGUUGCAGUCGUUAGAAAAUCGUAAUUGUUUAGAAGGCGUGAUAGCGCUGCUUCUCCGCAGGUGCUAAAGUAGCAUGUCGCGCCUAAGCGCCAACAGGAAUUCAAAGGUGCUACGCCACUGAAUUGUUCUUGGGACGCUUAUAGCGCUGUGAGUCAAUGCAGUCACGUCAGUGAAACCACUUAAGUCAUUAUCGUGCCCAGCACGUUGCCUGCACCAAGGUUGCUGCAACGUGAUUCGUAACUAUGGACAGAUACAAGUUCUAACAGCGUUUUUCUUCUUUCGUUGGGGUAGUUAGAGUGGCCGAUAAUUUACGUGAACCAAACACAGCAAGGAAUGCCCCGAAUUCGACAGUUGAGAAGAAUCCGUGAAAAGAACUGGGAUUAAUUCCAUACUGCGACCGCUAGGAGAUAACUUGAUGCUCCAGUCUUUAAAACUACUUGCAAAUCGUUGGUAGGACAUGAUUUUCUGUGGUAUAGCGGAAUACCUUUGGCAAGAGACACUCCUAUUUCUUGUGGACCGUUUUGCUGAUUGGCGCCCUAAUAUUUCUGAUCUGUGAAGCUCGUAAAUUUGACAACUACGCCACUGUUGCUUAUUUUAUCGCGUAGUUUUCAGCGAAUAGUUGCACUACGGCCAUGCACAUUACGUGUGCCACUAAAAUAUCUACUAGGCAGCAACACUGACCGCUCGGAAUUGUUUUUGUCAUCCCCGCCAAUUAUUUUUGCAGUCUUCUGAAAAUGGCCUAACCUCCGCCGUCGGAACAAUAGGAAAUGGCUCUUGCUGAAUGACAAAUUAGCAUUGCAAAAUAAGAACUUGCGAGUACAGUUAAGGUCAAGAAGAAACUGUAGACACAAACACGUGCUGCUAAAUUACAAUACGAUGUUCUGACCACCGCAGUGGUGGCUUGUGUUGUAACUGCUGCUAAGCUCUCCUCAGAGAAUCGCGAUAGAACUCUGCACCCAGGAGCUUAAAAUCCGGGUAAAAAUGCCCUGGUUCCUCUACACUGCUCUUUCUCUCACUCUCUCUCGCCAAUCUACGUCUCUGUGCAUUGAAACUCGUCAAUCACAGCGGCCAGGCGUUUAUUUUCUAAUAGUGUAGUUUUAUCAUCGUUGUCUAGCAGGGCUGGGUGUCAGUCUGACAUAUUUGCCCGCUGUAAUUGCCCCCGUUUGUUGUCUCGAUUGUUCGAAUAAUCAAUUGCUUGCAUUGAUCUACUAAACGUGCAGUAGGGCGAAGAAAUUGCUUUGAAUGCACGUGGCAUGAAACAUUAGGCUCCGUAAUACAGCGGAUUACAUGACCUGUACUUGGUCUCUUGUGUAUAUGUCGCUUUUCUAGCUCAGCUAGAAUUGAUGCGCAUGAUCAGAUCUUGAUGCAGUUUUGGCGUAUGUAACACUGAAUAUUGGGCUGCAGCGGCAUGUGUUUUUAUUGGAUGGGGUAGCAGACGGGUUUAGACUAAGUUUAGGAAUAAGUGUUUUGGCUGUUUCAAGAAUACCUGCGUCAUUCGGAUGACGUCACUUUUGCGGCUUAAGCUGGCCUAACAGCUAAUAGCAUUGAAACCACUGGUUUUUCCAAUGGAAUGAUUAAUGGAGGCAUCACCCAGCCCUGCUACAAAAAAAAAAAAGAAUGAAUGUGUAAGCGUCGCUUCGAAGUCCUUCGAGUGCAGCUAUACGACUGAAAGGAGUGUAUGCAAGCAAGACUAUUUUGCUUUCAAUAUUUCCGCCCUCUGGAUAUUGGUGUUUUAUUGAUUUGUCGUCUGUGAUCGCGACAUGAUCUCUUAGUGCGGUUUGGAUGUUAUUGUACAUAGGGUAUUUAUUGUGAAAUUUCUGUUGGUGAAGUGCUGUUGCCGAUGGCACCUCGGUGUAUUUAUUAAGAGAGGUGCCGUGUCUCUUAGCACAGACGUUUGAGGCUUAGGUAGUACAGUGAAUGGUAACCUGACUUGUCCUGGCUUCUCACUGAUAUGGGAGCUGCAGUUUUCCUUUUCUUUUUUUUUUUUUUUUGCGCCCGAAGUUUCACCAUACAGUCCAAGUUCAGCGGUCUACCUAAGUUAGACACAUUCCUCUAGAGAAUUCUCUGGCAUUUAAUACUUUGUCAUUCUAGGCGAUAAGCGAGCUUAAAAAAGCUGGUAUUCCGUAGGUAUAUCAGUUGGACAUUCCCGUUAUAAUAAAUGUGAGCGUACUACGCUGAGCACUCAGGUAUACAUGUUAUCUGAUGACAUUCCCCAGCCUUAUACAGGAACAUAUUUGUUAAAUUGUCGAGUACUCUGGAAUAAAUGAAGGUGCAAUAGCUAACACAGUCAAGUUUUUAUAAUGUUAAAGAAGCAAGGCACUCCUUAAGUGCGAGCACGAAAAUAUUCAGACCGUAUUUUUUGCUGACAGAAUUGAAAUAUCUCGCCAAAGUUCGUACCCUAUCAGGAAGUGCUAGCAAAAAGACAAGAAAUGUAACCGCACUACACAAAAUGCAGCUGGUCGUCUGCAACGGCUCUGCAUUGGCUGUGUUUCUCAGCAUGCAGCGUUUUUAGCAUGCAACGAUAAUUUUGCUUCCGCUUGCCAGGCAGCAUCCAUCAUUCCAGAUCCGCCUUGUACGACGGUUCUCUCUGUACUUCACAGACAUUCCAAAGUCACUAGGUUUCAAGAUGGCGAAGCCUCUGGAAAGUUCUUUCCGGCCUGACACAGUGAUCACGUUAGACAAAACAGGUCGCGGCAAAACACUGCCCCCUACACACCGACUGUGACGGAACUGUUCGGCACGGCAAGUUUUUUAUAAAUCUAGCACGGACGAGAUACACGAAAGGGCAAUCUUACCCCGCGUAAAUACUGAUAUAUAUCUUCGAAAAAGUGUAAUAUAUACAAAUAGUAUUUAUGAACAACGAAACGUUCUUUGCCGCUCCGACCCCUGUUUCCCAUGCCCUUGGAACGACACAUUUGACAAAUGUGUCGUCUGCGCGACGGGCGAGCAGACGACGGUGCCCAUUCUCUAGGCGUUCGGUGCGGCAAUGCCGCGUGCGCCAACAGUGCCGUCUGCUCGAAGAACUCUUCCUCCGUUCGUAGCGUGGCAAAAUCGGCCUCGGGGAUGGAACGGGGUGUCACGGUAUUUUGCUACCCAGAGCACGCGGUGACGUGAUUUGUGGGGAUAAAACACGAACGCGCUACACGCAAGGCAUGUGCAAUAGUAUAUGUGUAUACUAAAGAAUUCCGCGUUCGGUGUUGGCGGGUGCUUUUUUUUUACGCCGUGCUACGAGGCGGCGCCACUUGAAAAAUGACAGUCACUAGAACGAGGAUGAGAGUCUAUACAAGCGCAGUUUCCUAAACCAAACACUACGCGGCACCGCGGUCGGGUGCGCGAGAAGGAAAAAAAAAAAAGAUGUGUUUUUUGCUCACUCGGUCCCGAAGGCUUCGUGCCCUAGCAGCCCUAUUCUUGUUUGGGUGAAUGCAGGGACGGCUCCAGGCGGGAGUACAUCUGCAGCACUUGCUACCACGCUCACGCGUUACUGAACGCGCUGUACAAAUAAAAAGACGAGAAAUACGUUUCUAUAUCCCUUGCAACCUGUCCGCCGUGUCUCGUGUGAAUAUCUCUAUGACGACAUUAAAAGGAAAACACAGGCUUUUUUCAGUGAGGUUCAGUGAGCAUUGAGUUUCUUCGCAUUGCAGCUCUUUCAUGUGUGGUGACAAAAGUCUCGAGAACUCGUUGCAUAUUCGUAACUUGGAGGUCCUUAGACAUCUUCGUGCUGCGUUGCGAACAUGCCUGAACGUGUGUUUUCUGCGGGGCCGCUUUCUUGAUUUCGGCAGCAAGCGUGGAGGCAUCGGGCACGCGACACACAUGAAAUGACGUGCGACGCAGAUGGCCACCUGGGUGGCGUAUGCCACCUACGAAACGUACCCUUGAAGGGUUAUACAGACUAAGUUCCUCGGAGGAAUGACGUCACUGGUGCCUGUGCUCACGUCACGUCGGGUCGUUCUGCCCUUCCAUUCUGAAACACAAAACCCAUCUUCUUGGAAGCGGGAAGUGCUACGAGCAGUGAGGUAAUCGGCGCGGGACACUGGUUUAUACAAGCUAGACCUCUGGGAACGGAUAUCGCUGACGUAAGCGUUUACGUCAAGAACGAUGGCGCUCAAUUCAGGAAGCUCUUGUCGGCGAAAGACUUAAGAACGAGCGGGAACGCGCAUCUCAUCCUUUUUACUCGGGGAGGGCUUCGUCGUAUCAACAAAGCGCAGUCACAACAUCCAAACACACUUGCACACUCGGCGUAGGCAGCUGUCGCUCUUGUCCCAGUUGCUGCUUUCUGCGUCAUCACUGAGGCGUCGUAGGCAAGAUCGUACUCUAUUUUUGCGUCGCUCUUUGCUUGCAGUCCGUCGCGACUCUCCCGCGUUGCGUUAGCUCGCAGACACGAACACUUCAUGGUACCUCCAGAGGGAGCACUGCACGACCGCCAUUUUCGCAAUCUCGGGACAAGUUUCGUAUUACCUUUGUUUCUUUACCUGGAAAGCACGCAGAUCGAGAGAGGCCGAGCAUGGUUUAACGGCAAGUCCUGAGCCAAGCUUGAAGGUGAAACACAAAGGGGGGCGGAGACCGCCUCGCGGAAGCUCAGCGGAUUCUCCUAGUGCCCGCGUAAGAAGAAUGACACGCCGGAAUGUAAGAAAGUGUUGCAGUUGGGGUCGACAUACACCGACAGAUAUAUAUAGAUAUAUAAAUAUAUAUAUAUACAUAUACACGCAUACACAAAGUUUAUAUAUACCUGAGGGGGCAAGAGAGACGAAGGCGUUCAGGCCGGUGGUUUUUAUUGCGUACCGCGUGUAAAACUGUGUGGACAAGUUAAGUCUAUUUACACACAACAUACACACUCGUAAGAGAAGAGGAAGUUCUCCACGCUGCUGAAGCCGCCCUUUUUCCACCUAUUUCCUCUCAUUGUGACAGUGCGUACGCUAAGCGACUAUUAUAUUAAGCGUAGGUGUCUUUUUGUAUUCAAUGGCCCCGUACACCGUUCGCAACCGGCGUCCUCUUUGUCCGUUUUACGGAACUCCCCCGUCCCCUUGUGCCCCGUCGUGCAGUAUAUGAAUAUUUUAGUGGCGAAGCUUUGUCCGUCUGCGUGAAGUCGUGUGCGCUGCUGCCCGGAAGUGCUCCGCAUGCUCAAGGUGACGUGCGAGGUCGCUUCCGGUUGCGCAGAUCCAGCGACCGGCCGGUGCGGUGUCAUGGUCGUCUGGGUCUCUUUCGCGCGCGCACGACUUCACCAGGUGUUACGUAUAAUUAAGCCCCUUAUAGAGUUACUUCUCCGCUCACCGUAUACUGGUCAGGUUUGCCUGUUCGUCUGUCUAUUUCGACGUCUGCUUGCGUAGUGCCGUUCUUUUAUUCCGAACCUUUCCGGUUUCCGCAUCGCCUUCUGGAAUCACGACACGUGGGGAAGCCGUACACUGAUUGCGUUCCGAGUGCAAGCACUGCCGCAAGUGCCUUUUUGCAUUUUUGCACAUUGGCUGAGCGGAGAAGCGAUGGUUUUAUCAUCGGCUGCAUCGGAAAUGUUGACGCGAGGAAUUUAAAAGGCAGGCGUUAUUUUCGUGUAACGUCAGGCGCGGGGUGAAUUUCGCAUUUGAGGGCUCCAGCUACGCAGUGGCUAAGGUUUCGUAAAGCGCUUGUUCAGCCCAUCCUCGAAUGAGCGCUAGCGAUUAAGGUCUGUGAGCACGGCCGAUAAUCUAAUGGUUUCAUUAUCCCAACGCAACAACAACAAAAAGAGAUUUAUGCACAAGCCAACUUUGCAGUUCUCCGCGUUAAAUCCGUCGCAUGGUUUCCCGUGGUUGCGAGUAACUGAUCCUGCGCAGUUUUCGAUGCAUGAACAUCUUCUCUCGUUCUCGGACUUGCAGGCAAAUGCCGCGUGCUUGAGGAACUGAAAGUUCUGCAAACCGCAAUUCGUGGUUCGAAGGCGAUGACUCCUUCUUUCCUUUUUUGGGGGGCGAGGAGAUUAUGGGUGUUUUAGUGACAAACUGAAAUGCUCUCUACGAAAAAAGAAAAUGAAAACAUGGCAAAAUAAUAUUUUAUGUUGCGCUGAACGUAAAAUUAUAUAGAAAAAGAGGGUCUCGAACUAUUUUAAGGUUUCUUCGAGCACAAGUUUGCCAUCUUCUUUCUGCGUCAGCCCCAACCUCCCUCCUACCACUCUCAAAACUUUUUGCUCUAUAUCUUUAUCCCUGCUUCCCUUUCCUCCAGGCUUUUGACCUUUGUGCAAAGCCGCUAGCGUCUCAUAAACUUCGCAUCUAGAAUUAUAUGUAUGCUUUUUAGUCGUGUGUCGAAAGUAAUCUCUACUAUCUUUUCGAUGUCCACUAUGCUUAUUUAAACGAUGGUAUACUCUCGUAAGACUCUGUGUUCGUUGAAGUUACGCUAACCACAAUGAGGCAUUGUUUCGUCUUCGUCACACGUUACAUUAUUUUACGGCUUUGGUGUUCUUACGCUGUUUUUUCGGACCCAUUUCUCGGUUUCUCCGAUAAGAAAGAGCUUUCUUGUGACGACUAUGCGAUGUAAUUUUUCCUACCAUUUCUAUCCAAGAUUAUGUUUUUCUACUUUGCAGCCGACAUUUAUUUAUGUUACGUUUUGAAAUUUACUUUGCCACAGUGACCUAGGUAAGUCCGUAUGUUCUACAUUACCGCAACGUAAAAGUUUGGUUAGAUCAUUGACUAUGAUGACGGCAAGGUAGGGUUGUUACCCGUGUGGUCACGAUCUGCAGGUCUCGUUAUCUGAAUUUUUUUCGUACGGCACCGCGAUUAUCUUAUUUUUCUACCUUUUAUACUUUUACGUUAAGGUUGACGAUCAAUGCCUCUGAGACUUUUUGCUUGUAAUACUGUUUAUUCAAUGUUUAGUAGUAGUUAGUUGGAUUGCUGGGUUUCCCAUUUCUUCAUUGCCGACGUGGGUUGCCACUUCCUGGUGGGGCGUGACUUCCAGCGGAAGAAACGUUUGUGUAGACUUUGUUUCCUGCCAAGGAGUAGGAAAAAAAGGAAGACCUACGGUUUCUGAAGCCGGGGCUCGCGAGCCUUAAGCUUAACCCACGAAGGAAAGUGUGAAAAAAAGAAACGAAUUGCUGUAAACUAAAUGCAAUUGGCCACGUUUUUAGGCUCGGUUACAAUCUUCGUUGUGCUUUCGUCAUGAUUCCAAGCACUCAGAGCGCAGGCCAGAGAGUGCAUUGCGCAUGCGCGCACGAGCUGUAAGACUUAUAGGCCUACUAGCCAUUGUGCAAAUCUGUGCUGUAUCACUAUUAAAUUAUACACACUACCCCCGUACAACAAAGUUAUUGCAGAGAAAAGCUGUAGGCACGCAGAAAUCAACGUACCUUUUCACUCUAGGCAAAUGUGCGGCCCAUACUUUGAAGCCUUGAGACACUCGCAAACAGCGAAGAUAACGUGUCUAGGGGUGGACGUACUGACCCCUAACGGAAAUUGGUGAAAGUGAUGCCACUUUGUAAAUAACCGGACGGCCUCUGCCGCAUAUCAGUGGCGUGGCCUACACGUUGAAGGCAUACGUGGUUCGGGGAAUGCAACAGCACGAGAAAGUAGCCUCUUCAUUUCAGCAAAGGCCUUCCAACAUGAAAGUUUAGAGGCACAUAUUUUUGGCAGCAGCGUCGUGCGCCGUGUGCACUUGUUGCUUUCGUUCCUCGUUCCGACCGUCCACGUUCGGCGAGCGAUUCGGGCCCCGCGGUGGCGCAUGCGCAAGCACUCGCCUAGGCCUAGCAGAUUUUGGUUACUGCGGUUGAUGUCACCAAUUCGUCGUGCGGUUUGACGUUUGCCACAUUCCUCCCCGUACUUGUGCGCUAGAUCUCUCCGCAGGGAGCCACCAACUUAGGUGUGAAGAGACACAAACAAACAAAAUAUGGCCGCCGGAGCUGCGUCCGAUUUGUCCGCUUUUCGCCCGACGCCGCAUUCCGUUCGUCGUCACCGACCGAGCCUGGCCGAGUGGCUUGCACAGACAUUCCCCACCGCAUUCGCCGGGCCCCGUGCCUGUCGUCUGUUCGGUGACUGGUCGACGGGGCACUGCGAAAUGGGGCAGAGCGUGUAGCGUGUUUUGGCACCGCGUCUCUGGCUACAGGGUGAACACUUAUCACUACUUGCUGCUGGGCUCGUUGGUUCACACUCUUUGUGGUGAAUUAGGGCGCAAAACGGUACGAGGUAAUGAACAGCACAGGGCAAAACUUAGUUGCGAGUGACGCUCGCGCCUGUCCGAUCCCUUACUUCACGUUGCUUCGCAUCCUCUUUCCCACAAGGGUGACCACUGCGUCUUGAACCAUAGCGCUUAAGCGACGCGGACUAUGAGUAAGAGGAGGAUGCGCUAACUUUCAACUGAAUAUUUAGAUUUGAAAGCGACGCAUUAAUACGCAAGCUCGAUGACACCAGUAGCGAGCCAAUAUGUGGAAACAAGGCCAGCCGACAAGACAACGUGCAGUCCUGCAGUGUCCAUAUGGCCACUUCAUUUUUGCUCACUUACUGUCGUCCUCCUCGCUUGAACGAUGUUGUUGCAGUACGUUUAUAAAACCAACUAGCCAAAAUGUUCCUAUGCCUGAACACUUUUUUGACUAUGUGCCACAGUGAUUCAGCCACGAUAGCGUUCGUCUGCACAGCCUGGAAGUCGAGAGUUCGAUCCCAGCUGCGGCGACGGCAUUUCGUGGAGAGAGGGUUGUGAAAAUGUUUGCGUAAGGUGCGCUGGGUUACGGCAGAUAACCUCAGACAAAUAAAACUGGAAUCCAAAAAUUUGGCGAUUCAUUUGCGAAUUGAAGUAUUUUUGGAAGUUAAAGCGCGCAACCAGUUUGACUGCAGAUCUUACUUAACGUGCGGUAACAUGGGCAAAUAAAAUUGAUCAAAUUUUGCAAUGAACCGUAUGUGGCCUUUAGAACGUCGCGUAUCCCUCAAAGUCAUUCGCCAAACUCACGUCCUAUGAACGAAUCUGACGAGCAGAAAAAACCGCAUUUCUGGGAUAAAUAAAGUGGUAGGUAGUGGCAGAUUGACUCUAGAGACUAUAGUGAGUGGGUCACCCAACACUGCGCGCUCAACUUAGGUAUCGCGGGACGUACGAACACACCGCUUGGAGCGCCACCCGGCGGUGGAGAGGUAAAUUUCGCGUUCGUUUGUUGGCCCUACCCUUUCCCCUCUUUGAGAAGUGUGCAACGGCCCGGGUACGUUGACGACGGCCGGAAAUGGGCGGCCGGAUCUUUCUGUUUUACAUUUCUGUCGCACUCUGGCGGUCGGCAAGUACAAACGGCAAACAGCGUGAGGCGUUGGUAACACUCUGGAGCCAAGAUGGCGGCCAGUAGCGGUGCUCUGAAUCAAGGGAAUAGGGAAGAAAAAAAAAAGAUUAAACGCAACCAGAAGCAACGUUUAAACACUCGACACGAGAUGUGCUGUGGGAGUUGUUUACACAGUCCGACGAAGAAAAAAAAUCAGGAACGGAACGAAAUCGUUAAACGUGAAGUGCUGAUCUAAAAUAGGGGAAGCUAACUUAAUAUUUGUGAUUACUGUCGUCUUUACUGUUUCUAUAUAAAAUAAAAAAACAUACCGAGAGAGGAAGCCUACUUGUAUGCGACUGGGUUUUAUGGUCGUCUCUUAUUUCGUGGUAUACCUAUAUAUUUCUGGAAAUCGUAACGCUGUGUUCGUUGUUUGCUGUCUCUGACUCUUUCACUUAGUGGUGUCGUCUUGUCGGAAUGGACUUUUCAUUCGCCUUUUAUGUCGCUUUUACGACGUGAAGCGAGAAAAGAAAAACAAAAGAGAAAACACAAGUACACACUGACUGGAAACAUUGGUUGUGUAUUGAAAGUGCCGAUAUGCAUGCGAGUGUUAAAAAAAUACUCGUCUAUAAAAACUCUCCUGUAAGCAGCUUUUAUAGGAAAAAAUAAAAAUGUGUAGGCCAAAAAUUAUACAGUGGAACCGGUGUUUCACCCGACUUUUCUUUUUUUCUUUUCUUCACGUGCUGGGAACGGGCUCGUGUCCUUGUUUCAUUAUAUUCGAAAAUGUCGGCGAACGACAUUGGCUGUUUUGUUGGUCCGACUUUGGAAAUUCAUGAAAUCUAGAAGGAAAAAAAAGGGCGGGCCUCUGCGAUUCGGAACAUUUCGGAGUUCUGCGAAUAUUGUGAAUCUCGCACCACCUUAUCGCCACUCGAAAAGCGGGACGACCGCUCUGUCAGACGUGAUAGGGUGAAGCUGGCGAUGCAAUAAAUUUUCAUGACGUUGGCGUAGCGCGGCGUUCAAGGAAAGGAGCGUUCCCAACACGUUUGCAACGCAACCGGCGUCGCACAGUCAUUGGAACAACAACAACAACAAAGAAAAUUUGCAACAUAACGCACUCUGUGGGAAAUUUUGUUAACCGGCGACAGAGAUUCGCGUUUAAGAAUGGCGUCGUGAUAUUGUGAUUCCGACAUUCAAAAUUGAUACGAAACUGCAAUGAAAUAAUAAAGUGCUAACUAAACCAAGAGCUCUAAACAGAGAUUAUCUACAUAAUCGAUAUAAAAAAAAAGAUGUUAUUCCCGGCAUAUAGUUCUGACUGUACUGCAAUAUUUGUACUUUUCCAUGUUAAUAAAUUUCCAAUCUCUUGGAAAAAGAGUGCUCA